AUGUGGGUGACAACCAUGGCUUACUCAUCUCCUCUUUUCAAGCCUUAUUACUACCAUUAUCAACAUCAAACAUGCUUCAACAUCAGCCUCCCAAAAUGGACAACUAGAGCUUCGUCUGCUGCCCCUGGGGUCGACCUCAACACUCUCCAAUCUGCCAUUUCCAAGAAAGACAGUGAUGCUGUUAAAGAGGCACUUAAUCAGCUCGGUGAAGUUGGUUGGGCCAAGAAAUGGAGUUCCCAGCCAUAUGUUUCACGUCGUACGACAUCACUACGAGAGCUGACAAGUCUAGGAAUAAAAAACGCAGAGAACCUUGCAAUUCCUAGUGUUAGAAACGAUGCAGCUUUUCUUUCUACUGUGGUUGGAACAACUGGAUUUUUUGCUGUUCUGGCUGGGCAGCUUCCCGGGGACUGGGGGUUUUUUCUUCCAUACUUGAUUGGGAGUAUUUCCUUAGUGGUUUUGGCUGUUGGUAGCAUAUCCCCAGGGCUUCUCCAAGCAGCUAUUAGCAGCUUCUCAUCACUUUUUCCUGAUUAUCAAGAGAGGAUUGCCAGACAUGAAGCAGCUCACUUUUUGAUUGCUUAUCUCCUUGGCUUACCCAUUUUGGGCUAUUCACUGGAUAUUGGGAAAGAACAUGUCAAUCUCAUUGAUGAGAGGCUUGAAAAGCUCAUCUAUAGCGGUCAGCUUGAUGCCAAAGAGCUAGAUAGAUUAGCUGUUGUGUCAAUGGCUGGACUGGCAGCAGAAGGUUUAACAUUUGACAAGGUGGUUGGUCAAUCUGCUGAUCUUUUCACUCUACAGAGAUUUAUUAACAGAUCCAAGCCACCACUCAGCAAAGAUCAGCAACAAAAUCUCACAAGAUGGGCUGUUCUGUUUGCUGCUUCUCUCUUGAAAAAUAACAAGGUGCUUCAUGAAGCCUUAAUGGAAGCAAUGGCAAAGAAGGCAAGCGUAUUGGAGUGCAUUCAGACAAUCGAAAAUGCAGCAUAG